CUGGCUGGUGGGAGUAAUCAGUAAGAAAUCUGAGCCAAGUGGGAGGGUUUACAAACCUGAUCCACUGGGCAGCAGCAGAAAAGGAGGUGCAGUGGUAGAAAGAAAUAACAAGAGAGUGAAGGAGAAGGAGAUGUUCUGGGGCUUUCUCAUCAGUAGAAGCAAUAAACCACUGAAACAGCAAGAAAUAAUUACAGACUAAGUACUGCAAUGGAUGCUUCAGUAAUAUAGUAGGGAUCAUCUUAUGCACUGUACCUGAGCUGUGUUGAUGUCAUUAACCUUGACAUGAUAGCAUGCUUUGAGAAACAAGCUACUUAGGCACAGUGAUCACAACAGGCAUGCCACUGAAACAAAGCAGAUCCAUGCAGCAGUAAGGGGUUAUCCAAAAACCACUAAGGACCUGCACUGAAAAAUUUUUGCUUUGUUUUUUUUUUUUGGGGCAUGGCAUAAGUACAGCUUAACUAAAAGGACUGAGACUGCGAUGUCGAUUUUGUUACUGCUGGGCUGGCUGUGUGACCCUGACCCUUUCUUUUGAAUGGAAAUUAUAUAAAACCUUCCACAAAGGACUUAAUGCCAAGGGAAAGGUUUUCAAAUGCUACAAGGUGUGGAGGCCACUUUCGUUUUUCUGUUAUAUCAGAUUUAUAUUUAUUCAGCGAGAUGCUCAGGUGAAACUGGAGCCCUAUGAUGCUGCUGAAACAAGGGAGGCAGUGGAAGUCCAUGUGCAGAGGGUUAAUCCUUGGCACCCUGCUCACCAGCUGCAUGAUCCUGGUGUAUUCAUAUGCUAUUCUUCCACUACAUAUCAAUUUACAGGAAAUACCAGUACCAUACUCCUGUUCCUAUCAUCCAUUAAAGUCGAAGAACUUCUAUCAGAAGAAUGACAACCUCAGUGCUGUGGUUCAGGGACAUAGUUGUUCCCCCAUUCAAGACAUUAUGUUUAUGAAGACCCACAAAACAGCAAGCAGCACUAUCCUCAACAUACUUUUCCGCUUUGGUGAGAAACAUCGACUUAAAUUUGCGUUUCCUAAUGGCCGUAAUGACUUUUAUUACCCAUCACCUUUUGAAAGAACCCAAGUACAGGAUUACCAUCCAGGAAUGUGUUUCAACAUAAUUUGUAAUCAUAUGAGAUUCAAUUAUGAUGAGGUGCGCAAACUUCUCCCAGCUGACACUGUUUAUGUUACUAUCCUACGAGAUCCUGCCUACCUCUUUGAGUCAUCUUUCCACUACUUUGGAUCAGUAAUCCCUCUAACUUGGAAGAUCACUGCAGAUGACAAGCUAGCUGAGUUUCUUCGAGACCCCUGGCACUACUAUGAUCCCAGUGGUUACAAUGCUCAUUACUUGAAAAACUUACUCUUUUUUGACUUUGGAUAUGACAACAAUAUGAAUCCUGAAAACAUCUCAGUAAGAGAGUAUAUUGAAGACAUUGAUAAAAGAUUUCAUUUUGUGAUGAUUUUGGAAUAUUUUGAUGAGUCUUUGAUCUUACUUAAGGACAUUCUCUGCUGGGACAUGGCAGACAUACUGUAUUUUAAACUUAAUGCCAGAAAGGAUUCCAUAGUAUCCAGAUUAUCUGGAGAUCUGUAUAGCAAAGCAACAGAGUGGAAUAAAAUUGACUCAAAAUUGUACCAGUAUUUCAAUGCUUCUUUUUGGAGGAAAGUGGAAGCAUAUGGGUGGGAUAGAAUGAGGAAGGAUUUGGCAGAACUGCGUCAACGCAAUAAUGAGAUGAGGGCCAUCUGUAUUGAUGGAGGGCAAGCAGUGGAUGCUGAUGCCAUUCAAGAGUCAUCCAUGAGGCCUUGGCAACCAAUUGGUGAACAGUCCAUACUAGGUUAUAACCUGAAGAAAAAUAUUGACAAAAAAUAUGUCCAACUUUGCCGAAAAAUGCUGACACCUGAAAUACAGUACCUUAGUGAACUGGGUGUUAAUCUUUGGAUAACAAAACUCUGGGGGUUUGCUCGUGCAUUCUUGAAAUGGUAAACAGACUUUGUCUUGUACAGCAAAGUUGUUUCUGAUUACUGGAGCAAAUCAUGCCCAGUUUUAUUGAAUUUUCUAUUAUGUACUCACCACUGUGUGGUUUCUCCAAGCAUUAGCACUUCUAAGAUCUAAGAAUGUUGACCUUGAGCUACCAUAUCACAAGGAACUGUUUUCAAAAACUGUUUGCCCCUAGCAUGUGACAAAGAAAAUUUUAGAAUCAUUUCAAAUAUACUUCAGAAAAGCAAGUAUUUUCCUGAUUACUGCAGCUGCUAAGAAAAGGGAUGAUAUUUAAAAAUAGCUGUAAUCCAUUUAUAGUUUUACAACUUCCAAAUAAAGUUUUAUCAAAAUCACCAUAAAAUAAC